AAGCAUAAAGUUCGUUUAAUUGACUGGUUUAGUAGCGGCAGAACAAUUGUAACGUAAAAUAAUCUGAACUAUAGAUGGCGCGGUAGUUAGAACGAGAACCGCUAUUUAAUUAUGUACCGUUUCACCUAUACUAGUUGCAUCAGAAUACUGCGAUAAUUUUAAAGUUUUAGUUUACAUUUCAGCGUGCAUAAUCAUUGAGCUGAAAAUCAAGGAGAAUGUCGGAAUGGGGCGAUGAAGAACAGGAUACCGGCCGUGGUUUUGGUAAUGGCUAUGAUCAUUACAAAGAUAAUGGCGAAGAAAACAUAGCCAAUGAGGAAAAUGAAUACAAUGAUAUUGAAAUUGUAGACGACGGAACUUGUGAUUUUGGAAAUAGACGAGGUCGGGGCGGUGGUCGAGGUGGUCGUGGUGGUCGAGGUGACAGGCAUGGCGGUGGUUAUGGCGGCGGACGUCGAAACAAUGAAGAAAAUGCAAAAACAACUGAAUUUAAAUCGACCGCGAACAGUAUUGUGCCAAACAAUUUUCUGAGAUCAACUGUCGAAAAAUUCUUACCCGAGGUUCCAUCCCUUGUGCAGAGAACAAAUAGUCUUGUCGAACUUUACUGCAUAGUCAAAUACGUCUUAAAAGCGUAUAAUAUUUAUCUGUCUACUGAAAUAUCCAACAAAGAUCCUUCCGAGAUUACUGCAUCUGGUGCUGCUGCAGAAGAAGAAUUCGAUCAAGAAUAUUUUAAUGAGCUUGGUGGAGAAAUUUACACGUCAGCAAACGAAAAUGUAGAGAUGUCUGAUUUGAUAGGCGAUAAAAGCAAAGCAAGCUCACACGCUGCAUUUCCAGAAGAUAUCGAUUCGGCCCCGUUACAUCAGUCACAGCUAUCCAAUUUGUCGGAGUUGUUCAAUGAUUCAAUGCAUGCUCCCGAGAGUUUGCAUUCCGUAGCGCCUCGGAGAUCUCUAAGAAGUAAAAGCAAGAGAUGUGAAGUGGUUCGCUUAGAUUGCCAACGCCCAUCUUCUCGAAUAGCAAGACCGUCUGCCAUUCUCAAUAUUCGAUCAUAUGUAACUGAAUCCGAAUACGCUUUGAGAAAACGUUUACCAAUGCGCAGAUUUUUAAAAAUUGUCGACAACGCAGUUCCAACGAUUACACUUGAUCGUAAAAUUACAUACAGUUUCUUUGAAUUAGAAAGAGGAUGGGCAAACGCUGUGAUGCCUAACACAAACGGAGAAAUAAUUAAUCCACAAAUGUCUAUCGGAGAGAAACUUGAUGAGGGCAGUGUUUUUACAUCAAGUGUUAAUGAUGCUCGUCAACAUGUGUCGUCGCUAUCGCUUUCAGGCCCGACAGUAAUGCAAAUGACACACUCGCAAUUCUCGGAUGGAAUUUUUGACACAGUCGAAGAGAUCAGGGAUGCUUUGCCGCAACAUGCAGAAACUACAGGUCUACAAGGGAGCACCGGUUUGCCUGAAUUAUUAGCUGACGACACGUUUUUCACACCGGAUGCUAUUCAACCUCCUGCAAAUAUAUUGACUUUUACGGAUGAGAAUCAAUUUGGUUCUUCAACUGUACCCCGCUCGACACAAUCCAGAAUUGCAUCUGUACCACAAUCCAGAAUUGCAUCUGUACCACAAUCCAGAAUUGCAACUUUACCUUCCAUACGCGAAGAAGAAUUCCAGCGCAAAAUAUUACGGCGUACUUUAAGGGGCGCUGAAACCUCAUCAACACCUUUCCGUCAUUUGGACGACAGAGUUUCGAAUGACUUAUUAACACUCCAAAAUGAGGCAAAUGAUGGUAGCACUGAACUUGCCUUUAAGCCAAUUAGUAGAUCGUUACAGUUAGAAGCACGAGGUGGUCCACAUUCUAUUGCAGAAGUUUCUGAAGAUCUUCCACCUAGGAAUUGGUUUGAUGUGCUCCGUAAACGGAAAACUAAUCUACACUAUGUGGGCGUGGUGCCACAAAGACGCAAAAAGCGUCACCAUGUACCGAUACGACCAACUGCUACUAGACCAGUCGAGAAUAUAAGGGACGAAAUUGCUGAGAAUAUUAGUAUAUUGCAAGCUCAAUUGCCAAUAGGUAACUCAUUUGGCAUCGCGCCAGCAGAGGUUCACGCUGAGUGCUACAUGACUGAAGAUGUAACGCAUAAUUCCAAUCAAGUAGAGAAAACACAACAAGCUAUUAUGCAACAGCCAUCGCCUGAACGCUUCGUAUUUGAGCAUAUCGAGUCGAUCUCAACGAUUACGGAUAAUCUAACAGAAUGGAAACGCUUGCUACAAGUUUGUAAUCAAAAAUCAGCAGCAUUCUUGUCAUCAACUUAUGCCUAUGAUGUGAACGCGCUUCUUGAUACUGACGUUGAAGUCUUACAAAUCAAAAUGAAUAUAUUGCAAGAGAUUAUCCGGAAUGUAUCUUUCAAUAUCACUAAGAAGUCUUGGAUAAAAAAUAAACGCCUAGCCGCUGUUGCUUUUUAUUUUUUAGUAGAACUUCAGACUGCCGGAAUUAUACAACUAAAUGAUAAUGGACAAUUUGUUGGAUUAAUCUGAUUUCAUACGUAAACAAGAAGUCAUUGUUAAAGUUUUGUUCUAAUUUUUUUUAUUCUUUUAUCAAUAACUAAGUGCGUUAAAAAUUAAAAAUUUACUUAUAUAUACAUACACAUGCCCAUCUACGGUCAACUAAUUAGUAGCAGCACAGGGACGUAAACAUUUGUUUUAGUAAUAACUUUUGGGUUCCGUUGCGUGGGUAGAAACGUUUUGUUUUUUUCUUUGCUGUAAUAAGCCGGUUUUUCUUGUGUAUUUUAGGGUUUCGGUUUUCAUCACAAAACAGUAGUAUUGGUGCUAAUUCAUAUCCUUUUUGUAAUGACACCGAACUUCAUGUUAGGACCUUGCGCUCUAUCCAAUAAUACUACGUGAACCGUGCAUAGUAUUUUGGGUUAUACAACCUUUUUUUGCUAUUUUGUUUAUUGUUUCUAAACAUGCCAUUUUCAUACGAUGCCUCUUACAAGUUUCUGUAGAUGGCGAGCUAGCGUUGUCUUACAUAGAUUUAAUUUUUUUUAUGUUUAGUGAACAUCGUUGAAUGCAAGCCAUAAUUUUUGCGACACUCGGAGACUACCCAAUUUCGGGAAAAUAAUCUUAUUAUUCAAAAAUAAAUAUAUUUAGACCCACCUUUACGUAUAUUUACGUACAUACUCUAAUGAUGCUCACACUCACCAACGUAAAUGUUCGCCCGUAUCACCUGACACGAGGAAAGAACGAUCUACGAUACUACGGAACGGGACUGUGGUGAGAAUUGAUUUACACCGGGCUCUCAUUAGUUUCAUUGUGUCCGCUAAUACGGGCGUACGUUUACGUUGGUGAGUGUGGGCAUCAUAAACAUAUAAGUUCAAUCUACAUAAAAACUACUUCGAGCAGUAAAAUAGUACUGAAUGAAAAAAAAAAAUAAAUUUGACAUAAAAAUAUAAAACGUAAUUAUUAUAAAUAUUUAGCACACCACAUGGAAAUUGUUUGGUAUUUGGCGGCAUGACCUUCACUUUUGACAACGAGUCCAUGAGAGGCUCUCAUGUUUUUCGUGGUUUGACUGUCCUGAACGUUGGACUAGAGUUCAUUAUUAUUUUUAGGUUUGUUGUUGUAGCAGCAUAAAUAUUACCCAUACACGUGCAGAGAAUGCAUAUGCGGAUAUAAAUUCGGGUCGUUCCGGUUCGUGGAACUAUAGUUCAUUAUUAUUUUUAGGUUUGUUACGCCAUAUAGCUCUCUCGAGAUCAGUCUAAGGGUUUCCUAUGGGGUUUGACUGUCAACUUAGUUGCGUCAGAGACUUUAGUGAGUGAGGAAUCGCAUGGGAAUAAACACGCCUUCUUAAAAGUACUUGCCUGCGAUGGGCAAGAAAUAAAAUCAUUGAACCGAAAAUGAUUUUCGCACAUACUCAAGAGUCUUCUAAUGAAACACCGCAGCUGUUUGUUUAGCAUUGCAGCUUGACUUGACAAUUAGGAGGCUUAAAAUGCGCACAAGAAUUGUCCUGACUUUUGCCAUACACAACACACUGUUCGCACAAUAAUUUCUUUAAACUUUUAUUAUUUCACCGUUCGUUAAAAAUUUCACGUACAGCAGAGUCUACUAGUUCAAUAAUAAAACGGUAACAGUUAACUUAUUAAAGAUUUAGAUUGAAAUUUAGAAAAAUGUAUACUUUUAUCGCGUGGGAUGCAAAAUUGAAGAUAUGCAUUUGGUAAGUGCGCACUACUAGUUCAGUGUCCGCUGCUGUACUCGUAUAUUGCAGCUGGUAAAACCACAGGGCAAAGGGCAUGUCAUUAUAAAGGUUAUCUGCCUUCGAAUUAUUUGCGUACUUUAUGCAGUGACUAAAAAUAUAACAAGGAAAUGAUCAUAUUAUAUCUUUCAAUUAGCCUGGAAUUUCACCAAAAAUUUGCGUUACUUUAACUAAAUAAUAAGAAAGAGAUGGCAUUUAAACCAAUAUCUGGAUUCUUAAAAAUAUAUUUGCUUAUUAUUUGUAAAAGUGACGCCCUGCUUAGAGUUGCUAAUUAGUUGACCGUAGCUGCAUUUGCAGCAAAUAAGGGCACUUGGACUGUCGCUUCAUUCCUUGUAUUGUUUCAUGUAUCUCAUGCAAAUGUUAUGUUUUCAUACUGAUAUGUAGACAUUAGACAUAAUAUUUUCCUGAAUAAAAAAUUCUGCCUUAUCAAUGUUUUUAGUAUCAUUGCCUAAAAUCUUAGCAAAAAUGUACGAAAGAGAUCAAACUGUUGAAAUGGUGAUUUCUUUGCAAUUGGAAUUUCUUGUCAUUUGAAUCAUGCAUACAGGUUUCUAAAUAAAUCAAC